UUGGUACGACGGCACUGUUCCCGUAGAUUCAAAGAUGAAUAAAGCAAAGAGUGGGAAAGAAAAGGAGAUUCCCACGAGGCUUGAGGAACAAUAGGCUAAUACCUUUUCUGCGGCUGUUGGAAGCCAAAGACAGUAGCACCGCCACAGUGACGCUGCAUUGCUUAAUUCGGAGCAUUCUACUUGGAAUCAAUAACCUAUCUCUGGAUCCAUUUUCUUGGAGUCUCCUCAAUGGCAGAUUGAUGCACCUGGGGAUUCAAAUUCGAAUCUUGGCAUUCAAAAAAGCUCGACUUGGAGCUCUCCUCUUGUCCGCCUCUGUCUCCAGCCAUCAUUGCCUUGUAGUUUGUAGUUUAAAGCUCUUGACUUAGCUUCCUGUUAAUCUUCCAAUCAAAAAUCUAUUCAUCCUGCUUUAAAAGUUUAGAUCUUGGAUCUCCAUCCUUGGAACAUUAAGAUGGUUCCUUUUCAAGUGUGGAUAGGAGUGGCAGCAUUGUUCCCUCUCCUGUUUCCAUGCAGCUUGGCGGUGAGUGAGGUGUCGUGCGCUGAUGUGGUGCCGAUGAAGUGGAGGCGGGAUGUGAUAUCGAUCGCCGACUUCGGUGCGGUGGGGGAUGGGAAGACGCUCAACACUUGGCCCUUCAAGAAGGCCAUUUACAGGAUUCAGCACAUGAGGAAGAGGGGUGGGACGAUGCUCUACAUCCCCCCUGGUGUUUGGCUCACAGGGAGCUUCAGCUUAACCAGUCACAUGACCCUGUUUUUAGGCAGAGGUGCCAUCAUCAAGGCCACACAGGAUACGACAAAUUGGCCUUUGGUAGAUCCUCUUCCAUCCUAUGGAAGAGGGAGGGAGCUCCCUGGCAAGAGAUACAUGAGCUUUAUUCAAGGAGAUAGUAUUACCGAUGUGAUCAUUACAGGUGAGAAUGGCACAAUUGAUGGUCAAGGUGAAGUGUGGUGGAAUAAGUGGAGAAAGAGAUCUCUCUAUCACACGAGACCAAACCUCCUAGAGUUCAAGAAUUGUAGAGAUAUUCUAAUUUCUAACAUAGUCUUUCAGAACUCUCCAUUUUGGAAUAUCCAUCCUGUUUAUUGCAGCAAUGUGGUGAUAAAAUACGUGACUGUAUUAGCUCCAUAUGACUCUCCUAACACGGAUGGGAUAGAUCCAGAUUCCAGUUCGAAUGUCUGCAUUGAGGAUGCUCACAUCUCGACAGGAGAUGAUUUGGUGGCCAUAAAGAGUGGCUGGGACGAAUAUGGAAUUGCUUAUGGUCGUCCGAGCUCAGGCAUCACAAUCCGAAGGCUCACCGGAUCUUCUCCCUUCUCUGGGAUUGCGAUAGGAAGUGAGACCUCAGGCGGAGUGGAUAACAUCUUGGCGGAGAACAUAAACCUCUAUGACACUGGAUUCGGGAUCCAUAUAAAGACUAACGUGGGAAGGGGAGGGUACAUCAGGAAUGUGACUGUGAUGAAUGUAAACAUGAACAAGGUUCGCCAGGGGAUCAGAAUUGCCGGGGAUGUCGGUGACCACCCCGAUGAGUACUUCAACCGGUAUGCGGUCCCGACGGUUGACGGAGUGACCAUCAAGAAUGUCUGGGGACUGGACAUCCAGCAGGCCGGAUCGAUACAAGGCAUUCGGAGCUCACCCUUCACUCGGAUAUGCCUCUCCAAUGUCAAGCUUUGGGGAGCAGGCGCACGCUACGAGUCAUGGAGGUGCAUGGAUGUUACUGGCGCUGCACUUGGCGUUCAGCCAGGGCCUUGCUCGGAGCUCGCCAACACAGUUAGUGCAGGGUUUUGCUCAGGUGCUUUCUGAAUGCCUGAUGCUUGUUUUUUUGGGUUUCAUAUGAGUUUGGCUGGAUGAGUAAGCUCAAAAUAUAUUUGAGCUGCCCAGUAGAGUGUUUUGAAUCCAGUAGAAUAUAUAACUGAUGCAGGAUUUAGUUUAUUAUAA